GCACGCUCACAGACGCUGUAAGGUUUACUGCAGGAGAACAGAAGCUGUGACAUUUUCAUACUGAACCGGACCAUCUAAAAACGCAACAAUGGUUGAUGCUUUCUGCGCUACAUGGAAACUGAUCGAAAGCCAGAACUUUGAUGAAUAUAUGAAGGCACUAGGCGUUGGGUUUGCCACGAGACAGGUGGGCAAUGUCACUAAACCAACCGUAGUGAUCAGCCAGGAUGGGGACAAAGUGGUGGUGAAAACCCUGAGCACCUUUAAGAACACCGAGAUCUCCUCCAAACUGGGAGACGAGUUUGAUGAGACCACACCUGAUGACCGACAUGUCAAAACUACCUUCACCAUGGAGGGAGACAACUUUGUGCAGGUUCAGAAGUGGGAUGGCAAGGAGACCAAAUUUGUCAGAGAGAUCAAGGAUGGCAAGAUGGUGAUGACUGUGUCUUUUGAAGGAGUCCAGGCAGUCCGCACUUAUGAAAAAGCCUAACUUACCCAUGACUGAGCAAAAACACUGCACUACAAACAAUCAACAAAUUGUUCCUUCCCUUUUUUUUAACAAAAACCUUUUUGCAGUGAUUUGCACUCCAUUUGUUGUUGUGACAUGUGAUGAAUAUUUUGGGAAUUCUUUUGUAAGACCUCUUGUUUGAAAUCCAGAAUGUGAAAGGCCAAAACUGUUUCAUUCUGCAUAUCAUGUGAAAAAAAUAAACUGCGUCACUAAACUUUC